AUGCCCCAAGUAUGUAGCACAAGCUGCUUCUAUUGCUUUUUCCUCCUUUUCUACUCUUUGGACCCCGAAAACGCGCCAAGACGACUUCCGCGGGCCGAAGCCCGUCCUGAAAAAGGAAUCUGGUGUAGAAGCCCAACCUCUCCCAUUACCUCGAAACUAAACGAUUUGGACAAGGCUCUCCUCCCCUCACCCCGGGUUCCGCGACUUCUGAUUUGACCCAUGAUUCCGUCUCACAAAUUCAAUUUCGUUUCAGGCUCCUGACAACGUCGGCUUCCUUCAUGCCUCAGUAGUGACCACCGCUCGCAGCCUGGUAAGAAGUUUUAGAUCUUAUUGUCGCGGUAAAUGUUUUAAGUCUACCCCUCCCCUUACCUUUGGCCAAACACAUGUCUGCUUUUUAUUUCCGUGCUUAUGACAUUAUGUAUUUGUGGAUAUUUAUAGUCAUUUCCAUCUGCCCAAUGCUAAACUUUUAAUUUUAAACGCUUUAACUCCAGGUUUUGAGAAAAACACUUUGUUUCUUAACUAGUUCGAGAACGCCAUAAUAUCCUUUUAACCAUUUUUACCAACUAUAAUUUUAUUGUUCAUGACAUACGACGUCUACUCCGUGUCUCCUCAGCUCUCCUAAAAGUCAUAUAGCUAUCUACGCACUUGUAAAUCAUCUCAACCUACAAAUUGAAAUUUCCGGGACUUUUUUUUAUCGUGCCUAGAUGUGCUCAAUGUUUCUCACUGUGCCACAAAACGGAAUAUUUAAUCGUGGAGAGGGUCUACUUGAUAUCUUGUCUUAUUAACAGAACUCUUGUUUCCGCGUGUGAAAAUUAGCUCAAAAUAUUAUUGCCAAUUUACUUGCCUUAUUUACUCUGUAAAGUGCUCCAUAGAAAAUCAAAAGUCACGAAAACAGCCUCUUAAUGCUCGCUUGUGCAAUUUGUAAAGGUUAAUAGGUAAUAGGUAAGAUAAAUGUUGCAAAAAUUAGGUUUACUUACCGGUCAUUGAUCAAUUCGAGCUAAAACAAUGUAUAAUAAGGUUGAACGACCAGAAAUAUUUUUUUUCUCACAAAAUUUUGUUUUUUGGCAUUCUGUACAAAAAAUAAUCGACGUUUUGUGACAUUUCUUUUCAAAAGUGUAUUUUUUUUGGAAUUUGUUGAAAAUUAAUAUUCACCUGGAGUACCAAAAGCGAUGCAAAACGUUAGUUUUAGAUAGAAAUGAGAAACGGGCCGGGCCGGCCUUGAGCAAAAUUUAGAUCGGGCCGGGCCUGGAAAAAAAAUUUCUAAAUUUUUUAAAAUUUUUUAUUUCAAUCUCCGUUUAUGUUUUUAGAUUUUAUUGGGUUCUAUGAUCCAUAAAUGAUCUAAAAAACAAUUUAAAGCCAAUUUUCCGUUUAGUUUUUAUAUUACCUAUUUCAGAAGCCUUUUAUCUUUAGACUGCCUGCAUGUAAAAUAAUAUGAAUGGUUUACCUGUUUCUGCAAAAAAAAUAUAAAUUAGAAGGUAUUUUUUUUACAAAAUAAGUUGUUAGUUAAUGAUAAAAACUGAUUUAUUACCUAAAAACGCAUUUUUGCCUUCUCUAAAGCCGUCUUUCCUGAAAAUCAGAUGCUUAAACGCGUAGUAUAUCCCAAAAACAAAUAUAUUUGAAUAAAUGAUAAAGUAGGAUAGUUUAUCACAGGUAGCUUAUAGAUAGUAUAGUAAAUUCUGGUGCGCUAAUCCUUUGAAUAACAGACGGAAAAAUGACAAAACAAAACGUGCUAUAUCGAGGCCAAAAAGACUGCCGGCAACUUUGUUUUGUCCCUAUAAAAAUUUAUGGGAUUCUUAACAUUUUAUGGGUUAGCGAUAACAAAAUCACAAGAAAAGCUGCGCGUGCAUCUUCUGAAUAGUGUUAUUACAAAAAGCAUGCCAUUUUGGUUGUUGUUUGAAAACGACUGAAAUUGUUAAAAGUUUUAUAGAAGUAGUUUCACUUUGCUUACCAUAACAACUGUCACAUGUAAAGGAAGCUUUUAUUAGAAAUUAACAUCUUCAACAGAUUGUUAGGUAAUACCUAAAGAACAGUUUCAUCACAAACAGCCUCCAAUUUCGGAAAGUUUGACCAGAGGAAAGUCGGCUGACAACGUGUGCCGAAAGUGUAGGUAGUGACAUCUGGCCGACCAGAAGGCCGAAAAGAGUAAUAUAGACUCUUUGUCCUGCAAGGACGGCACACUCAAUUCCGGUUGGUCAAAUUAAAGAUUCAUGAGUCGAAUUAACCGCAGGCCAAACAAACCCGGCUACUUUAAUCGGGUAUGCCUUUCCCCCGCACUCGUCUUCGGAUGAAUGUGGAGUCCCGGCUUCAGUUUCCGUCUUCACCAGCACUUAAAACCCACUGCGCUCCAUUAAACAAAGCCAAUUAUGUGGCCGGUUCCGCGUGAACAGACGUGAUUCUUAGUGUGUGCAUUAAAGUAUUCGACGCUGUUGUGCUUUGCCUUCUUGGCACACUUGUUCGGCUUGAGUUAGACUUUUGAAAGCUUCUGAGAACAUUUUUUGGCACCCAACACAACACCACACAGCGUCAUAUUCAGAGGAGCAUUGUGAUUUUGUUCUUCUGCCGGCGCACUCUUUUAACUUCGACUUCCAGAAAGCCCGCCUUCACAGCGUAACCUUUCUUCUACGGCCUUUUAUUGUCUACCUGAUGCUUUGGUUCCCCUCUUUCAUGCCCUAAACUGUCUUAAUCAUGUACGUGCGGUAUUUGCAGCAUCAGCAUCACGGCACGGUACAGCUGCUAAUGAUGCCCUUGACUACGGCACCCGGGUCAGGUAAAAACUCGAAAUGGUGAGUUCGAAUAAACCAUCAACAUUCUGGUAAUUCAAUUCUGUUCAGGUCAGACGACGAUGAAGACGACAGCGGGGAAUGUGAACCGGUUCCUUUGCCAAUCCAGACCUUUCUCUGGCGCCAGACCAAGUAAGCUUGUCUCUUAUUAAUCUUAACUAUGUACUCUUUGAAACAAAUUUUAUUUGCAGUCCAUUCCUGGGAGCCAAAAUCGGGAAGCUACACGAGUCCUCGUGCGUGGUAAGUUGGGAUUCAGAAUUUUAAUGUUGGCUUCGGCCCGAAACAAGGCCGGAAAUAGCCGGUGGAACAAAGAACAUUCGUGUUGAGGAAAGAUGAUUUAUGCCUCUGGUUAUGCUUUCAGACGUUCGAACGGGUUGUGGUACAGAACAUAUUGCACGGACUGAGUCCUAGUCUGUCUGAUGCCAUCGCUUCUGUAUCACGGUGGAGAUUCGUCAGGGCGGCGUUCCCUCACAUUGUUCAGGUAUGUUAAUAUUGCUUUCGGAUCACAUAUCAAGUGUUAAAAGUUAUUUUUUUAAUGUAUUUUUUAAUAUAAAGGUUAUGAUGCCUAAACCAUAUUUUUAGUGUUGUGGUGCUCUACUGGCUGUACGAGCGAAUGAAGAUGAAAGUCUUCCGAUGAGUGGGUCCCUGGUCAAGAUAAUGUACAUAUUGCACUGGCUGAUACUUGAUGCUGCUCACGAAUGCAAUGAAACGGUAUGUGUAUGAAGAUACAGUAACUUAAAAGCUAAUUUUUAUUUCAAUACCUAAAAUAUUGUUUGUGUACUGAGGCCUUUAAAGUAAAUAACCAUUUACAGAACGAAGGAGAAGCUAUUGAAGUAUCGCUGAAGAAGCUGACCUAUUCAAUACCUUGCAUACAGAUGUUUGUCUACUUGAUUACUCCAUUGUGUCAUGUCAUAAAGGAGGAAGAGAUAGAGAGUCACAUCAGAUUGGAAAGUGGAUUACGUCUGUGGCAAGCGUUGUGGCAAGUAAGUGGAUUUGGAGGAUACGAAUCGAUACAAAAUUAUAAUUGGGUUAUCGCUCACAAUAUUAUUAAUUUGAUUAUUUCUCCCUACAUAUGUUAAUUGAAUCACUUGUCAUGGUUAUACUCUGUUAGAAAUGACAUUGUUUUCAGUUUCGCCAGCCUGAUGUGCUGUGUUUCGCGGCUCCAGUGAAACAACGGAAGAAUCACUUUCCCCAGCUGAGCAAAUCCAAGAAGCCGGCUCCACCAAUCGCUGUAGAACAGGGCAUCUACUUGGGAGAUGAGCAAUUCACAUCAGCCAGAAGACCUUCCAAUGUCCAUGCCAUAUCGGAGCCGCUUCCGAAGCCUUCUACAUCGUCACAAGAAGAAGCCGUGGCUCAGAAGCCAUCGAUCGUGUCAGAAUCAGACAAACCAGGCGCUUCGAAGAUCGUGAGGUCAGUUAGCGACUACAAAACCAGUGAUUUGGCUUCGAAUGGCCAGAACAAGACUCUGAUUAGGAAAAGCAGAACUGACAUGUUCCAAUAUGGUGGGUUAUUAAUAUAAUAUGUUACUUUAUUAUUUAAGAUACUAUCUAAACUAAUCCUGCUUCAGAUUCAGAAUACAUGAACGGGUUAAACAACAUUGACGAAGCUAUGCAGUUCACAGAAGACGGGUCCUUCAGCGAGAGUUUCCACUUUAAUGACAAAGCACCAUUAGUACAACUUCAAGAAAUCUGUUCUGGAGCAUCACUGGACACUUCUGACAUUACAAACAAUGAUGUAAGAGUUACUAAUUUUAUGAAAAAAUCUUUAAUAAUAAUGGUUUAGUUAUGCGCAACUUGCCAAAAGAAGCCGUGUGGUUGCUCAAGCACUCUUAAAUACCCAUCUAAGUCGUCGACAGCUACAACCAAAUACAAAAGUAAGUCAGAAUGAUUAUCUAGAAGUAUAUAUUGCUCAGCCGAAGACACAGAUUCUGUUGGAAGUCAACAAACUGUCAUCAACAAAAGCAUCAAGACGACGACGGUACCUCCAGUUUUGACAUUCAACGACACAAAAGACAGUAUCUCUACAGAAACCGACAAGUCAGAAGCGUCGAUGACUCACGACCUCAACGAGGCUUCGUAUCUUGAUGUAGGCACCCUGAAGUGUCUGCUGAUCAAGAACUGGUCGGAAGACGGUGUUUAUUGGGCUACCAAGUACUUCCUGAACCGUCUGACCGAGAUUCGACAGUAUCGUCUUGUCUCUGAGUCAACGUUCCGCUGCCGUUCCAAUUCCGUGCCGAACGUUGUUCCUCGGGGAUCCAAACACGACCUACACUGUCCUGAAUACUUGACGUGGACGGACUUGCAGGAACGUUCCGAAAUGUUUCAAAGAAGCAUCGGAUCUGAUAAAAACAUGACUGACAAUGAUGAAUCAAAAACAAAAGUAGCCUUCAAUGUGGAGAGCAAAGGGUAAAUAUACCACUGAAGUUUACUAUAUUCAAACCAUAGUUAUGUACAAAAAUAAAAAAAUACAAAUUUUAGGUCUGAAAAGAACACCAUCAAACUAAAGGUGGUCGCUGACAAACGACGAGUGAGUGUUAACACAUUGCCUGCAGUAAAGCACAGCUCUAAACUCAAUGGGAAACACAGAAGGAACAAGUGAGUAAUUCAAGUUGAAUAUUAACAUUGCUAUACUAAUAAGGAUCUUUAAAAAUUAUAUCUUCAGAAGCGAGCCAUCAAUAUCAAUGCCAUCUAACAUCAGUGUGAAUGCCAUCAAUGAAGAAGAAGUGCUAGACAACGGGGGAGGACAACAUUACUCAGAGGCCUUAGGAAGUUCCCUAUUCAUUUUGCCUAACGGGCAUCUGAAGCUUCAUGUUCUGAUGAAGGCCCUAGUAGGAGUAGUAGAACGAUGUUCAGCUAUCAGGAUUCUGGAAAUCAUACUCAACAUUUGUGACAUCAUGUUGACGAUGCCCAACCUCGGAACCCUCACCAUCUUCGAAGACGUUACAAAAAUAGUUCUGAAGGUCUACUCUCACCUCGGAUGUCCAAAUGGAUGUAACGAAGGAAUGAGGACUCCCCAAGCCGACUUUAUGAGAAUCAAACUCAAGAAUCUGCUUUCCCAGAUGUACAGGAGCAAGGAGAGUGUGUUGACCACCAUUCUCAAGUCUCAAGUGCUAGGGACUAGUUGUCAAGCACUUUUAGAUUACCUACAUGCCAUGACCUCAUUCUGCGAAUUUGACCCAGGCCAAGCAAGAUCACGGUCUGCUCUAUCACAACGUAGAAGAUCAUCAUUGAAAGAUAACAAAGUGCCGACCUAUCGUAACAACUUCAACGAAAACAACUCGGGGAUGGAAGGCAUCAUCUUAAACACACUUCUGAAUCCACUGAUUACGAAACUCAUGAAUAAGACCAAUGAAAUCACAUUGCCAGAAAACAUCGGGCUGUAUCAUGACGUGCAAUUAUUCUUCGCCUACGUACAUGAAUACCACGGUAAUCCUCUGCGACGGUCAGCAUUGAGUGCGAUGACAGCCAGGAUAAAGAGUGAAGGAGAAGAUAGUGGAAACCGGUCUCGCAACGAUAGUUUGAGUACCAGAUUGGGCACAGAAGGGUCCAUUUCGUCUCACAAUAAAGACAAUGCUUCUUUAAGACGCGGUUUAUUUAAAAGAAAAGGUGAUAAAGUAAGUAACCUUUAAAGUAAUUGUUUGCAAAAACUGCCAUUUUAACUAUAUUUUACCGAAAUUAUCAAUUUUAGCACCAAACGACCAUUAAUGCGGACGAAAGCGAAGGAGACUCAAGUCCAUCGACGCCCAGAAACCAGCCUUCAAUGGAUGAUAACCUCAGUAGCAUCGGUAGUCCUUUAAUAUCACAAGCAGCAAAGAAGAAGUCAGGGGGCAAACUACACUUUGCCUUGAAUCUUCUGAAGUCUGUUCGAAAUGAGGCGUCCGAAGACGAAAACUGGGAAGAAUCCACGAACUACGAAGACUCAGUUGGAGAUGACGGCAAUUCUACGUUGACUGUCGAUGCCAGAAGUCGAAUUUCGUUCAGAAAUGUCUCUAGCAAGAUCAACAGCUUCAGACAACGUCAAUCCCUUUCCAUUGACACGGGUUAUGGUAACGAAGGAAUUCUGGAGCCGAAUCAACACAAAAUGUUAACUGAAAAGACAUCAAUCGCUCAAUUGUACUUACCAUCGAAAAGGAAUCUGAACAUCCUUGAUAUCAGAGAAGGUGUCCGGCGGUUUUCUUUCUUAUUAGAGACUUGUCGACCUGGCCAAGUACCGGACGCACCACUCUUGGCCGCGUUGACAGAGCUGCGAGCACCAGUGUUAAGCAGAGCAUCGAUAAUAUUGGAAUGCGCCAACUUUGUCUAUAGAUGCAACAAAGGAGACUGGCCAGAAUGGAUGCGUUCGAACAUGUCAAGUAUGCCUGCGCGAGGUGGGAAUCCAUUGACAGCCAGUAGCAGAAACGUGGUCAGUGGGUCCAGGAAGACUGUCAUUUUACAAAGAGCAGCUGGACGCAACUUUUACGAUUGGGGAAUACAGGUAAGCUCAGUUAUAGUAAUAUAAGGCUAUCUUUUAGUUGGGGGCACGGCUUCAACGGUUCUUGGAAAAAGAAGUUGAUACGCCGAAGGAUGCUGAUGAGAAACGACGUCUCAAGACUUUUGAUGACAUCGAGGACUUCUUCGACGACGCCACCGUCAACGACGCAUCAGGAGAGCACUGCCCACCAGUACUAGUACUCAUGGCAUGUCAUCUGUUAUAUCAAAUAACAGCGUUUUUACGUGAAACGUUUCAACUUUUACCACGAUCCAGAAUCCCUCACAAAGGAACUGGCAGUUCAACCGGUUGGGAGAAAAUAAUGUCGAACCGAAGAUGGUCGAUACUCUCCAAUACCUUUAAUCAGCAGACUGGGUCGAUGCACAGCAUCAACGAACUUCAUCCAGAAAGGAGAGUCAGCUACAGUACUGCCGACGAUGAUUCAUCGCCAAGGGGAUCCCACGAUUUGGGCGACGAGAUCCUGACGACUUCUGGAUCCGACAAGAAAAGUAAGUGUAAUAUGAGAGGAGCGAGUGAGAUUACGAUAUGCAUCUGCCCGCUUUUGAUUGCUUGAAAUUAUAAUUUGUCCUAAAGAGAAAACCGAAGGGAACGGUGCGUUGUUGGCCUUGCACCGUCUCACGUCGAGAGGAAAGCUGUUUUCUCGAGAGACCAGUCUCUCCAUCAACGAUGACACGGAACCUCCGCCAUCUCAGAACGUUCGCAUCCUACGCUCACAGAACACUGUCGGUUCCUCCAACAGUGGCCCCAUUGCGACGAGUGUUGUCGGUGCCAUGAUCAGUGUGCCGGAUUCAGGUCCAUUUGUGGCUUUAGUGUUUUCCCCCAUUUCCCUCUGAGUUUCGUGUUGCCGUUGAAGAAUCUGUCAGUACUUUGAAUCUUUUGUGUGUACAACAAUAUCAGUUUUAAUAUUUUUAUUUUCAGUGAGAAGACUAGCACAAGGCCGGCAACGUCUUCUGAAGCGUGGUUCUCCGUCAGGUGGGCCACAAAGUUCGUUGGAAUCGAGCAGAAAGAAGCGAGAAACUUCAUUCAGGUAUGUUUGUAGGUAUCAAACUGAUCUUGCUUCUAGACGGAAAACCAAGUCACCGGCAGAUGGUGAAGAUGGUCAAAACGAGUCAGGUAAGUUGGUGAUCAACCCCUCCAUUCUCUCAUUUCUCUACUCGCCAUUUCCUCCUACUUCCUUCUCGGCUUAUUUCUUUUCUAUCUGGUACUGUAGUUGCUGUGUUCUUUCGACUAGGUUAUUAUGAGAAACGCGCGUUACAGUGACUUUGCCUAGCCCACCACAGUCGUUUAUGCAGCGACGUCGGAAAGCCGCUUCUUUGCGUUGUAGCGCUGGUGUUCGGUGGCAUAUGAGGUCGAUGCGUGUCCGAGGCUCACCGUCGAUCCACGACCCAGGCCUGCCUCCCAUGUCUCCGCCGGCUGGAGCACAGUCGUUCAGCGAGCUAAAUCAGUUCUCUUCGACUGAACAGAGCCCCUAUCAAUCUCCGUCACUGUCAAAGGAGAAUCGCCGAGGUUCGUUACUAUCUUUAAGCUUAUUUGUUUGUAUGUUCUGUUCUAUACACUGCUUAACGUCUAUAAUUUUGUUGCGUUCUUUUUGCAUUGAUUUGUUGCAUGGCCACUGUUUGUCGAUCAGCACACCUGUGCCAUUAAUGUCGAGCGUCAAUUUGAAUGUGGUAACCAACCUAUUUGUCUUGGUUGUCGUAUACACCAGUUAAAUUUGGCAAUUAUAGCUCCAUUAAAUGGAAAAUCUCGAGAUAGCCUAAGGCCAUCUCAUAUAAAACAGUCUGUCACAAAUGAUGAUCUGAUCGAUGAAUCUUAUCCAUCUCCAGAAAGGCGUACUGGGACAAACUCAGCCCUUGGCAGUACUACAGCUGCACAUCAUCUUCCACAUACUCUCGAAGAUGACGAGGAAGAAAUGAUUCGAAACAUACCGUGGAUUAAGGUGAGUACUAUAAUUCUGGUAACAAAAUAAUGUUUUAGGUAAUGAUAAGCGUAGCCAAGAAGUUUGACAUCGGGUGUACUCACGAAAAGUGUUGUUCUAGCUGGUGCUUUGACCGAGUAUAUAGACAGUGUAACAGACUUACUGAUGCUCUGUACAUGGUGUACGCUGAGAAAGAAAAAGACAGAAAGUGUGACAGAAGAAUGCAACUAAUUGAAGGAUGGCAGAAUCUACAAAACUCCAACGUUAAGGUGAGUUAUAGCUAACAUUAUCUAAAGAUUUGAGUGCAAAAUAAUUAUACAACUUUAGAAACGUUCGUCUAAUCCACGGCGAGAGAGUGCAAUUGUCCGCCAAUCCGGCAUGGAGCGCGUACCAUUGGCACUAAGAGGACUACUUAUAGAAAAACUAGGCGAGAUCGAAGAAACUAAAAGUUCGAAGAAAGACGCCCAGGCUUCUGUAGAUAACACUUCAGUCGACUUGUCGGAACUUAUCAACAAAAACAACCUGAUGAAACAUUACAUAGACAACCAACUGUUUAACAUAAUCUACUCGCCUUUGUGGAGCUUGCUCAAAAGCGCUGUCAUCAUGCCCACUGAGGACUACAAAGCUAUCAUCAACGUAUCUUGGUCGUUACUGAUGCAUGCUGAUGCCAACACAGUGUCUUCCGCCGCAGCCAUAUUCAUCACGAGUUCAGUAAAAUGCCCUGACGAAGCCAUUGCAUUGAUAAGAAAUGAUUUGUUAUCAAACAAUUCUACAGUAAGAUCUGCUGCCAUCAACCGAUUCCACGCCCUCUGGAGAAACCGGUUUCACGUUUGGCUGAAGCUGGAAGACGGAGCUCAGUUCGCAUUCAAAGUGCCACCCCCUGGAAUCGACUUCACCCUUCCUUCACCUCCAAUUGGACAAAGCCAACAAGCUGUAGUGGACCCUCCAUGGAUGCCACACGUCAAGACAAAGGUGGAAGAGCUCAGCUUGAAAGAAGAAGAACAUUCGACCAGUCAGACUAUCAUGACGAUGACACGAACAAGACGGAAGCAGAAACAAGAAAUGGUGAAGAAGGCCGUCAAAGAAGCCGAGGAAAAGCAAUGUGAACUCAGACAACAGUUCAUGUUGCGAGCCACCCCCAUAGUACAACAUGCUUCCUACGAACCAGCAUUGUUCGCUCACAUUGGUGUGGCGUCUCAAGCACAGCAAAACGUGGAAUCAGAUGAGUACGAGAUGGGUAUGAAUGCGGCACCCCAAAGUCGCCAACAAGUUCCUGUAGCUCAACCAUUAUUUCCUUCUGUCAUUUUAAGUGUCGUGCCACAACUGAUUGAGAUGUUUGAUGAUGUUCAAGUAGAUAACAGUGGUUGUUCGGUCGGUGAACUCAGUCGAAAGAUCGCCUGGUCGUGUAUAAUUGAAGACUCAUCGUUAUUCUUGCGGCAUUUUCUUGAGAAACUGACCAAUCGAGAGAAACAAGAACAUCUGUUCGCCUUAUUGAGAAAACUUAUCUUGAGUUUCCGACCUCUACCUUCUCAAACAGCAUAUACUUUGUUGAACUACCUGUUUGGCUUUGUUAUGUUUUAUGUCAGAACUCCGUGUGAAGGUAGUGACAAAGCGAUGGGUAUGGCAUUGAGUAUCAUCUGGCUUCUGACGCCGUAUGUUCAUGGUUUGUACUUCAAAGACAUGAAACAGACGUUAAAGAAGGAGCAAUGUGAUGUAAGUCUAAAAUAACAUUAUAUAAUAUUUACAGCAAGCAAUCAUGAUCACUGCCAACGUUCCUAGUGCUAAGAAGAUUAUUGUACAUGGACCUGACAGUGGCGAUGGAGGGAUUCCAUCUCAAUUUCCGAUCCAUGAAGAAACACAGUUCCAGACGAUUCUCACAGACAGCAUCGAGUUCUUCAACAUUCCAGAAGACGAAGUCGAUCAGUAUUUCCUCGUUGACUUCAAGACCCACCAAAUCCACUUGCCAUCUUCUUAUGUCAGGUAUGUUCCUGUAAGACAUUUCGUCAUCUUCCUUUUACACCUUACAAUCGUAAUAGUAUUACUUUCAGAGAUUACUAUUUCUUCCAUCGAUCUUUUUAUCCACAGUUAUCGCUGGUCAAACUAGAUCCUGAAGUGGCACACUCACAAAUGAAGCAGAACUCGUUCCAACAGAAACUAAUAGAGACCGGGAAGGUGUUGUUAACCCACCAUGCUCUCAAAUACAGUCCAGAAAACGUAGUUCCUCAAAGGAUCUUCUUCUUACAUGAUGAAUUCACUCACUUACCUGCCUUUCCUCGCAGAAGCUUGGAGUCAUGCUUUGGCUUUUAUCAAGGGAAGAUGGGUAACGAACUUCAAGCCAUGGAUUCCAUGCACAAAUUUGUAUGGAGUCAGGUAAGAAUUGCAUUAACUUGGUAAACUGAUUAAACUGUUAUAGCUGAUAAGCGACAUGUUCGAAAAAAUGGAAAAUGCAUUCAUGUUUGGCGACUUACACUUGUUCAUCAACGUCAUUAAUGGCAUAUUGAUCAUGCAUUGUGAAGAUAUUCUCAUCUUGCGCCGAUGUAUGGCCACAUAUUUAACAAUGGCAAUACACUUCAACACAUUAUUCGCAAGUCAGGUAAACGCCGUAUUAAUAAAAAAUUUGGUCAAUAAAUCAACUGUUACUGUAUUACCUUUUCAGGGAUUCUUCCUAAUAAUGCCCACGAUAAUCAGGUGCUAUAGCCAACGCCAAACAAACAAGUUGUUCAAAAACAUCGUGGAGUUCGUGUGUAAACAGUUCUAUAUUCUCCAUAGAAAGCCGUUCUUGCUUCAGAUGUUUGGAUCCAUUGCAGACAUCUGUGAUCAAAACAAUGACGAUCUCGAGAUAAACGCGAUGCAAGUAAAAGCAAAGUACCUGUUCAACUUACUGUUGGCGAUGGAAGACAUGACGGAGAUGGUGGACGAACUGGAUAUCUUGCCUUUAGUUCCUUAUCCGAAACCUCUCAAAGCUUUGGACUUGUGUUAUCGUGACGAUCCCAACACCUUCUUCCUUCUGCCAGACGCCAUUGCCAGUUGUGUUACCGUUUGCGCGUUUGCUCCUGAAUCUAAAAGGAGUCAUCAAAUGCUUCUUAUAAUGCAAGCAGUAGUCCCGCACAUGCUUCACAGUCUGGAACAAGAAUCUACAAAGCAAGGAAACAGUCCUUCGGCGUUGAAACAAGAAAUAACAUCAUACACGACAAUAUGUGUGGAAAUGAGAGCGUUGAUUAACAGUUGCGAAGCUCUGUCAAGGUAAGUUCAAUUUUCGACAAAAAUAUUAUAUAUUUCAAAAAUAUGAGAAAAUCAGAAGUCAUUAGUGGCACUUCGUUCAAUUUGUGACAUUCUGUUGAUUAUAAAAGACUAUCUUUCUUUGGCUGAAACUUUGUCUCUGGAUUAAAAUUUGAAUUUCAGAGGACCGACGAGAGCCUUCGACGCUGCUGUCAGUGGUGGAGCUGAUCGUGGAAAGUCGUUUAUAGCUGAUUCUCCACAAUUCUUUGACCCACCAACAGUAGCUGAAGACGAACCCAAGAACAAUAUCAAAGAUAGGAAGAACCAGAAUGCGACAUGGGAGACGAUCGACAACAGUGAGCUUCAGAAGGAGCUUUAUCGUGGACCGAGAGAAGCAUUGUUACUUCUGUGUGCCAUGUUCAUUGAAAAGGCAGGAAAACGGUUGAAGGAGUUGACAAAGUUGUCGGUGAACUUAGAGCACUUUAAGAUACCCGAAAUGUUUGACUCGAGAUGUCAUGUUAAGAUCAGCGACGUCGCGUUGUCACUGUUGAAAGUCGCGCCAUAUGACUUAACUACUAUGAGCUCUAUGGGAAUUCAAAAGUAAGUCUUCCAUUAGUUAAUAUUAUUGUAGAUUGAAAAUGAUUUGUAAUUUCUAAGUGUGAAUACAGCGAAUGCUAUUUUAAAGUUUAAGAUUGUACUUUAGGUAUUUUCUGGUCAUAUUGCCUGUCGUCGACUGGUCGGUGGAAACUAGCCGUUCAGCCCUCAAUAUUAUUCUUCGUCGUCUUGACAAGGCGAUUGCUAAGAUAGCGAAGAAGGCAUCUUCACGGAAACGAGCUAAUUGGAAUGCGAUCGCUAACUGGCUAAACGGAUUGUAUCAAACCUUGGUAGCCUAUCCUUACAUCGCUCAUCUUCACCCUCUGAAGACCAUAACUCAGAUGUGUCUUCGGCUGAUAGCUGGAGAUAACUUCUCUGAAGACCUCAUUCCGGUCCCUAAUCUGUCCACAAACACAAACAACACUAUUCUGAAUCCUCAAGUGCCUCCAACCAAUUUCACUCAGAUCUCUCUGAAGAUGGCCGCUUUUAUGAUGCAAGCCCUCGGGCAAUUUGCGUUUUCAUUGGAGAUGAUUUGUGGACACGAAGGUCUUGGGGCAGCGUCAGAGCGGCCGGAAGCCGUUCUUUGCCAUGUCCUGAUGCCCCUUUUCUUCGCAGCAGCUGCUCCUGGCAAAGAUGUACCUCAGUUUCAGACCAAAGACAUAAUAUUUGUCCUUAACUAUCUCCACAAUGCCAUCAACCCAUCUAUUGCUAAACAGAACGUGCCCUCUAGUACUGGUACCACUUUGGCUUCAACUUUAAUGCGGGGGGCAGUGACUUCACAUAACGCAGAUGCUUCUGGUAGACAAGGCUCGAUUUCAGUGACUGACAAGGGCCACAUAGCUACUGUAUCUACACAUCGUAUUAUAAGGGAAUCUGUUGUUCAAACUAUAUUUUUGGGUCAGUUCUUACGCUUUUUAAAGCUUUUUUACUUAUUUUUUCUUUUCAAACUUAUUGUAACCCCUUAAUUUCAGCUUUGAAAGUGAUGAUUGUCGUAUUCAAUAGACAACUCACUUUGCACUGGAUCAAGAUAUCAAGGAUAGUAAAAGACAUAGCCUCCAAAAGACUUGGUGGUAAUACUCUUUAUCAGUUCAUGGAGUUCGUCAGUCAUCUGAAUCUACCCAUUUCGAUGAUGGCUACUCCAAUCAUCCAACAGAAACUAAAUCAACGUAAUAUCAGUGAUCAAGAGAUUACAUGGCACAACGAGUUCAAGGAUCGGCUUCAGAAGUUGAAGAAGAUCAACAUGGAGGACAUCAAAGGAUACAGCCAGCUUCUGAGCCGGCUACAGCAAGAGUUGAAUCACAUGAGAGACGACUUCUCUUCCAAGAUGAUCGAGUUUCCUCGCUCUCACACUCCUACCAUCGGUGAUCUCAACAGUGAUUCUGGAAGCACUCAAAGUGUUUCUACUCAUAAGUCUGGCCGUCCUUCAGAAUCUCGUCGUCUCAGUUCGUCGACAGCCUUCGCCAAACUCAGAAAUGCUGGAAAGAGUAUUUCCAACGCUGGCCACCAGUCGAUAGCGUCUUCAGACGCUGGACACAACCUUCACGAUACCACCAUUCUGGAAGACAUCGAAGACGAAACGGCUCAGAUGAUGACAGGCAAGAUCCAAAAGAGCCCUUCGUUCCCGAGUGCACGGAAUUCAGGAAGAACACGGUCGAUUGCAGGAUUGGGUGUCUUCAGAAGUAUGCGAAGAAAGUCGACUACUGGAAGGGAGAUAGAGAACGUUAUCAACGAAGAGGACAACAAACCUUUUAGAAUGAAGGAUGUACAUCACAGAAGGACCAAAUCGUGGAACAAACGGUAAGGAACUCUAUUAUUAAGGUUUAUCUAAUCUCUCUUUUAUGAAAUAUAAUGUCAGUUUAGAUGUUACUACCUUUGCUUUUAGACAAAAGUCGAUGGUCGACGAUUCUGUAUUAAUAUCUCCAUUAGCAAUGCCUCAGUCUCGGAUUCACACUGCUGGUCAGUCGAUUGCCGAGAGUUUCCACCCAAAGAGUACGGGAAGCAGUGGAGGCGACAGGCAUAGAGGUAACAUUUCUAAUGACUUACAUUAAUAACUUGUUGAAUAAGUCUAAAAAUAUAUUGUACUUUCAGUGGUAUCAUUCUCAACUCAAGAAUAUAACAAGUCUUCUCAACCGAGCGAGGCGGAUUCAGACGAGUAUUACAUAACAGCCAAACACCAUUUAAUUUAG